AUGGACAAAGAUAGGAGAACAUCUAAACUUUUCGGUUCUCGAAUUUCGUCCAUUUUCAACCCACACACGAACCCGAAUGCUGCAGAAGUCAAAAGUCUGAUAUUACAACCAGCUCAUGGUACAAGUAAGUCUAUUCAACCACAGCAGUCUUACCCAGCGACCGGUCUGAGUUCUACUUCCGCUACAGGAAAUGGCACCGGAGGCCAUGUUGGCUCUGGAUCUAGUUCCGGAACUGGAGCUGGAACUGGAGCUGGAACUGGAGCUACCGGCACCGGCUCUGGCUGGCCCCAGCGCGAACCCACCACACCAGUGAGAUCUUCUUACUUGUCCCCGGGCCAAAACCCCCAACGACAAGUGGACCACCUGCAUCAACUGCAACCUUCAGCGGCUAGUGGUAGUGGCCGUGCGGGAGUCUCACCGUCACCUAGACCGUUAAAUCAUCUUUCUGGAAAUAACCGUCACUCUACACAAUCCAAUACUACAACGAACUCGAGCACUACCAUCAACUCAGAUGGCUCUAUGAGUGUAUUGAGACCAAUGUCGGCAAUUCCUGAUCACUUGCAGCCACAGGUAAUAUCACCAAACAAGCAUAGGUUGUCAAGAAAGCCGCCCCCAGCAUCCUCGAUAGACGAACUCGAUGACUACAGCAAGAAUAUGCACCCCACAAGAACCCCACCAACGCCUCCUCCACCCCCCAUACACACGGUCACAAACCCUGCUGUAUUGGACCGCAUUCCUCUGUUCGACAGUCUUAACACGACACCCCUGCCAAUGGGAGGCACCAACAACUAUCCAAAUACCCACGCUAAACCAGUUGGCUUGGAAAUGCCUGCGUUAAGCAAUCCAAAUACAUCUAGUAAUAGCGUCAGCAAACUUCGCAGAUCUGGUGACCGUAAGGACUUGCUGGAUAUAAUUGGUAGUCUUGAGAAUGACAUUCGACUUCUCUCACCUGGAGAGCAUAACCACGAGUACCAAGAAGACAUAGAUUUCAUAGACGACAUAGAUCCUCUCCAUACUUCUCGCUUGGGAAGAACGGGUCUGCCACUGCCCAAUUUAUCCAUAAACUAUGAUGAUGCGAAUCCCUUCUUGUAUGGUGAUGAUAGAUCAGAUACACAAAGGAGCCAGAGAGAUAGCAACUAUGAUACAAGUGGAGGUGAAGGAUCGAUUACCGAAUUGAACAGUGCUAGAGGAAGUGCAAGGCUAUCAUCUUCAUCUUUGUUACUCCAAUCUGCAUACCAUACCAAUAGUCAAGAAUUACUUUCUCUUUCAUCAGAAUCAAGGGCUGGUACUGGCAUUAGUGGUGUUGGAGGAGAUUCCAAUUUCGAAAAUUCCAGGUCUGGAACUCUUUCGGUUACUAAUAAACUUAACCUGGUGGACUCUGUUCCGUACCCACUUGAUUCAAGCAAUAGCUCACUUAACUCACCACUGGAUGUAUUCCAACCGAUCUUUUCUAAUAAUUCAAUUGAAGGAAGACAAUAUGACACUGCAAGAGGAAAUGCUUCUAUACAUUCCGGGCCCAUUAGAGGAAAUAGUCAGAGACAACUGCAUUUACAGUAUCAGCAACCACCGACUGCGUCUCUCCAGCACCAACUGCUGACAUCACUGCUGAUCACGGCACCAUACCUGAUUAUACAACCACUGUUGACACUGACACUGACAGCAGUGGCUACAACGCAGGCCCCCCCAAAUCAUAGAAAAAGUUCAUCGAUUUCCUCAUUGAUGUCGUCUUCCUCCUUCCGUAAUGUUAACUUGGGCUCUAUCAAGCGUACCCUCAACCUUCAACCAGGGGAGGGUGAACGCAGUAACUACGUUUUGCAAAUCAGAAGGAGUGCGGGGACAGCUUACAAUGAAUCUCAACCAGGUAAGUGGAAACUUCCCAUUGGGAUCCUUCCAAUUGACAAAAAUGCUAACUACACACUUUCUAAUGGUAGGUACAUUAGAUUAGCUGGUGCAUCGCAAGGUAGAAUCAAAAAGGGUAGUGGUGUGGAACUCAAACACGGUCAUUUGGCCCCUAGGUUACUUGCAGCAGAAGUAGAAGAUAUUGACAGUUCCAUUCCAGGAAUGAACUCCAGACUAGGUAGGGCCGGAACCGCACCUUCGUUGCAAUUGAAGUCUAGUUCAGUUCAAGAGAAAAACAAGUCCUCCUCGUCAUCGAUUCAUGGAAGCAACCUAACCAGGACUACGACAAUAGGAGACUCACAAAGUAUUGUCACCGGAGGAGAAUCAGCCAACUCCGAACUUACCAGGUCACUUUCGUCUUCAUCAUCUGGAAGCGUGCCCGAAGCAUAUAUGGCUAACUACCAACACCCGGGAUACAGAAUAGACGAUGACGAUGACAGCAGUGAAAUUCAACCAUUCAAUGACCAAGAGAAUGAUGGACCCCAAACUCCUCAUCUGAACAACAACAAGAGCAAUGGAUUUGGUGGGAGAAUUGGCAAUGCAGAAGUGGAUACAUACGAUGACGAUGCCGGAACAAACAGCAUGAACGGAUUGAAUUUGAACGGAGACUAUGACAGUACUAAUGGCUACGAUCUUGAACAGGAAGAUAGAUUACCUAGAUUGGUACUUGCAAAUCCCGAUUCAAGUGACAGCGAAUAA